GACUCCAUGCACGCUGUAACUGCUAUUCCCAGUUUCAAUUUUUAAUGGAUAACCUCCAAAUUUCAAAACGGGGCAAUGCUUUGGCUACUGGUGGAUACAUAUAUCUGACGUCAUUUCUCAUGCAUCUGUGGAGUACACUCACCAUGUGCUACCAAGUCCCCAGCUGGCGGAAUAACAGUGGUAAUACCUUACAAACCCGCAGAGUCUAUUUAUCCACCAGGGGCAAAAGGAUGAUAUGAUGUAAGCCAUUAACCAUCAAAUGUAUGCCUGGUAUUGGGUUCAUACGGACUUGCCCAUUGGACCCUUCAAUGAAUUUGUUUCUGUGGACUACCCCGCAUUCAAAGACAAAUUCAUUCCCCGAUAAAGCGUAACACAUAUGAUGCGG